UGGGGGACACGUCUCCGUUCUCCCCCUUCAAAUUCCCGAAAUUUCGCCUCGUAGUGGAAAAAGCCCCCCUCCUCCUCCUCCUCCUCCUCCUCCUCCGCCAUUAUUAUCCCUCUCCUCGAGUUCCCUCUCCUCCUCCUUCAUCUCCCCGCCAUUCCCUUUCGAUCCCCUCCCCAUUCUCCUCCCUCUCCCGAGAUCCGCGUUGUCGAUCCGUUUCCCCCCUCGGAAACCACCCAAAGAUCGGGUUCCUCCCCGAUUCCCGCUUCAAAAUCGGUUCUUUUGACCCCCCCCUUAGCUCGAUUUCGCGUCCAUUGUGGAGAUUUGAACUAAAGUUUUGAUUUUUCUGGUUAUUGUGAUGGUUUUUUAGUGUUGUUGUACUUGUUGUGGGCGUCGGUGGGGUUCGUGGAUUCCAUUGGCAUUUCCCAAUUUCGGCGCUUUAGAUGCUAAUUAGGGGAUUAGGGUUCCAAAGCCGCCACAUUUGGAACCAUGUUAGGGUUCUUUUCUUGAAUAGGAAGGAAGAAUCCCCCCCUUUUUUUCCCUUCCGUUAUUAUUAUUUGCAUUAAUUGGUCACUUCAAUUUGUGAUUUUAGCUCAGAUUCAAAGCUAGGGUUUUACAGUAACCCUGCUUUAGAUUUGGCUCCAAUUGUAGUUAUCUUGAGCUCCUUGUGGGCUACAAACUUAUGAGGCGGCGCCCCGCGACGUCGGGCCACCACGAAGAGAUGGAGAAAUCCAAUUGUAAGUCGCCGCCGUCGCGGCUUUGCUUCCUCGCAACGCUUUCCGCCAUGUUCUGGAUCUUGAUCUUCUACUUCCACUUCUCUGUUCUCACCGGCACCCCAAUUAGCCCGCCGGAUCAAUCCGAAUUUUCAGACGAUAGUAGGCCAUUCGAACCCCUCCCGACGAUGCCGAGUCAUCAGCAUUUUGCUGAGCAUCAAGAGCCCAAAACUUUCCCCUUCGCCCGCGCACUUAGGACGGUCGAGAACAAGAGCGAUCCGUGCGGCGGGAGGUACAUUUACGUGCACGAUCUUCCGUCCAGGUUCAAUGAUGAUAUGAUCAGGGACUGCCGCAAGCUCAGCCUUUGGACCAACAUGUGCAAGUUCAUGAGCAAUGCCGGCCUCGGCCCGCCGCUGGAUAACACCGAGGGCGUGUUCUCCAACACCGGCUGGUACGCCACCAACCAAUUCGCGGUCGACGUGGUCUUCGGCAACCGGAUGAAGCAGUACGAAUGCUUGACCAAAGAUUCGUCGAUCGCGGCCGCCGUGUUCGUGCCGUUUUACGCGGGGUUCGAUAUUGCGAGGUACCUUUGGGGGCACAAUAUCUCGGUGCGCGACGCGGCCUCGCUCGAUUUGGUGGAUUGGCUCACGAAGAGGCCGGAGUGGAACGUAAUGGGCGGGCGGGACCACUUCUUGGUCGCCGGAAGGAUCACUUGGGACUUCCGGAGGCUCACGGAGGAAGAAACGGAUUGGGGAAAUAAGCUCUUGUUCUUGCCCGCCGCGAAGAACAUGUCCAUGCUAGUGGUCGAAGCGAGCCCGUGGAAUGCCAAUGAUUUUGGGAUACCGUAUCCGACUUACUUCCACCCUGCUAAGGACGCCGAGGUUUUCCUUUGGCAGGAUAGGAUGAGGAAGCUGGAAAGGAAGUGGCUUUUCUCCUUUGCUGGGGCGCCUCGCCCCGGCAAUCUCAAAUCGAUCCGAGGGCAGAUAAUAGAUCAGUGCAAGAUGUCGAGUGCGUGUAAAUUGUUGGAGUGCGGUUCUGGGGAGAGUAAAUGCCACUCUCCAAGUAGCGUAAUGCAGAUGUUUCAGAGCUCGCUGUUUUGCUUGCAACCUCAGGGGGAUUCGUACACUCGAAGAUCGGCGUUCGAUUCGAUAUUGGCUGGGUGUAUCCCUGUUUUCUUCCACCCCGGUUCGGCUUAUAUCCAGUACACAUGGCAUCUUCCUAGGAAUUAUUCAAGGUACUCGGUGUUUAUACCGGAGGACGAUAUUCGAAAGAGAAAUGUUAGCAUCGAGGAAAGGCUUCGGAAGAUUCCGCCCGAUGUCGUCAAAGCGAUGAGAGAAGAGGUGAUCAGCCUAAUACCGAGGUUGAUUUACGCAGAUCCUAGGUCGAAGUUGGAAACCCUAAAGGACGCCUUUGAUGUUGCUGUAGAGGCCAUUAUAGACAAAGUUACAAAGUUGAGGAGGGAUAUAAUUGAGGGUCGUGAAGAUAAAGAUUUCAUCGAGGAGAACAGUUGGAAGUAUGCUUUGUUGGAGGACGGUCAUAGGACGAUCGGGGCUCAUGAAUGGGAUCCCUUCUUUUCUAAGCCUAAGGACGGAAGCGGAGAUUCUAAAAGUUCGUCUGCCGAAGCUGCGAAAAACUCUUGGAAAAAUGAACAAAGGAGCCAACAUUGACCUCUCAGUAUGUUGCUCUUUUAUCGAAGGUACUUCGAGGCAAGUUCAUCGCCAGAGAUCGAAGUUGCUCCGCACAAUUAUUGCUCUUUCCGUGAUUUUGAUCUUCGUAAUUUGAUGAGCUUAUCUCUUUAAGUUUGUAAGGAAUACACCUAUGCCCGUGUCCAAAACUAAAAGUAGGCGCUCGACGUUCUUUUCCAGAUAUAUUUCAUUCUUUCUAUAGGCUAGAAAUUUUAUUUGAUGUUAUAUGCAUUAAUAAUUCUCUGUACUUCUUAUAGGUUCUACAAAGAUACAAAUACUUCUAUUGUAUCAUUUUGUUUUGUUCUCUUAAUGUUGUGAAUGAAAAAUGAGGAGAAUAGUGAAGUCCUUUUGAGUUCUAUAACUCUAUUUUUUAUCCUCAAUUUGCAUGUCCUUAAUACAAGACUAUUAUCUGCUCGAAGGAUGUGUGUUUAUAUUCUUUACACUUUACGCUUUUUUGGUUGCUUUUAUGAUGGUUAGUUAGUUGAGUUCUGUGAAUUGACACAUUUUCUCGCUGGUUUAGCGUUUGGAUCUUCUUGAAUUCUCAAACGGAGGGUUACGGAAAUCUUACGUGCAAAGAAUGUUGGCAAGCACUUUCGUGCCAGAUCUGCAGAUUAUAAGCCGGUAUCGACACAGCAACAGUCGAGGAAAGGUAUCGAUGCAACAACCGAAAAUUGUUACCGUGGUGAUUGUGUUUCCAGGACUUUUUACAUGGAGCCAAACGCAUUUAUAAUGCACCACUUGGUGUUAGAUGGAAUUAAAGUGUUGGUGAGAGGAAAUAGGCUUUUUAUGACCUCCAUACGACGGGACCGUGUUUUUGUCUACAAUUAUUUGCUUCCCAUCGCAUGGUGAAAGUUAAAAGUAAUCGGCGCGGUAAAGUUCCUGCAUGUUCAUUUGUACUUUGGAAUGAAUUACUGUCCUAGGAAGAGUUAGUAAAAUUCAGCUUUGGACUGUGUUCUUGUUGUUGAGUUUGUACCGAAGCAUGCUUGGUUGUACCAUUGUAAUUUUGUCAUCUCAUUCUCUGUAAGGUUAAUGUUAAUAGAAUGCAUUAUUUUGAGAU